AUGAAACUGAUCUAUUCUUAUAUGGAAAAUGUUGAAAAAAUGUAUGGAAGUGUGCAAAAAACGAAACCAGCUGAGCAACAAACAUAUUUAGAACUUGUUCGAAAUUUGUUGAAAAUGAAUGCUGAAGAAACAUUUUUGAGAAUUGCGAAAAAAGCAGAUAUAACACUUCUGGCGGGCCCACUCAUUGCGAAUGCAUAUUUUCAUUAUGCUUCUCAUAGAACUUGUGAGUUGUUUUCUUGGAAAAGCUUUUGUUGUCAACUCUCAGAGUUCAUACUAAAACUUCGAGGUUUCCAGCUUUCGGGCUGGUUUGGAUGAAAUAUCCAAAAAUAGAUAUGGAUUUACCGAACUGGAAUACAAUCGCAGAUUUUUCAUAUAUUCUGGGACAUGAAAUGGGACAUUCUUUUGAUGCGAAUAGCUUCGAAACAAAUGAACUUUUCGGAAAACAUCCUCUAAGUCCAAAAACUCGAGAAGAAUUCAAAAAACGAGUUGAUUGCAUCAUUGAAAAAUACAGUAAAUAUAAAUUUUCCGAUGGAACAUUUUCGAAUGGAGAAAAGACUAAAGGAGAAGAUACAGCUGAUAAAAUAGGAUUUGAUUUGGCCAUAAGAUUAUUUAAGAAAUUGUUAGAUGAUAGAAGACAACAAAAAUUACCGGUUAUUGAUCAAUAUACAGUCGAACAACAAUUUUAUUUGAGAAUGGCUUAUGUGGGUUUUUUUUAAAGAAAGAGGCGCUUUCAAAAAGUAACGGCUUGUGAGCUGAUCUGACAAGCGAUCACGCAGCACCCACACCUUGAGAACUAUAUUAUCAGAUUUAUAGCUAGAUCCCAAAAGUUAGCCUUUAAAUUUAAAGUUUAAAAUCAAUUUUUUUCGAAAAAAUAUAAUUUUUUAGAGCCAAUGUGGUAGAAAAUACGAUAAGUCAGAUAUCGAAAGCGCAAAAAACGACACCCAUAGUAUUUAUGAAUUUCGAGUCAAUGGAAUGGUGUCGAAUUCGGAUGAUUUCGCAAAAGCUUUUGGAUGCGCUAAAAAUACACCAAUGAAUCCCGAAAAGAAAUGCCCAUUGUACUAA